GAUUCGCAAGGACUCCGCUGCGGAUGCGUUCGACUCGUAGAGAGACGCUGAGAUCGUACAGCGCAACUACAGUGAUGAACCAGUUGUUGCCGUGAACAGCCACGAGGAGGUAUAUUUGGUCGUGAAUUUCUGCUGUGGCAUUGUACACUUCGCCUGGGUCUUGCCGUGACCUCGUGCUAUUUUUGUCGUCAUCUUCCCGAAGUUCUUCCUCAUAAAUUUAUAAAAUGAUUCUGGUUAACUCUUGCUGCGGUUGCAUCUCUUUGCAAAAAGGAACAAUCGUGAUCGGCUCCUUGUCACUGAUAGGAGCGAUUCUGAACACGAUACUGAUGGGAUUUCACGUGAGCGAAAUCAGCGUGCCGAGAGAAAGCCCAGCCACGGCCAUCGUCGUUCUCCUCAAAAUUUUCGUCGUGACCAUCUUAAUAUACGUAUUAAUCGGAGGAAUAUUCUCUGCGCUUAUGAUCGCGGGUGCGAUCAAGAGGCUCUCCGGCUACAUCUUUCCCUGGCUCGCAAUUUCCUUCGGAGGUGUCGUAGCUGGCGUUUGUCUCACAAUUGCAGUGAGCAUAAUCUCCGCGAUAGAACUCCCGAUCCAGUAUUUUUUUUUCCUCAUGAUAUUCUCGUCAGUGAGUUCGGCAAUACAAAUCUACUUCUGGCAAGUCGUCUACAGUCAUUACAAGGAGCUGGUAGCGGAGAAAUUCGGACACCAGACGCGUCCAUCGGACGGAAAAGUCUUCGGCGUGGCGCCCUACCUCCACGUUUAAGAUUCGCCCAAAAGUGUACAAAUGCUUCACCGCAUACUAAAACAACCACUCGAUUCCAAACGAAAUUCAUUGAGAACGACCAAGCUCGGUAUUUUUUGUAAAACGAAGACUAGCGUCUUGAAAAAAACAACAAUGAUUUUUUACGUUCACUUUAUUCAUAGUUAUAUCUACAUUACUCUUUACAAUCAGCGAACAAUAUUUUUUAUACGGAAAGUCUUGAUGGUACGAUAAGUACGGACGUCGAAUAUUUUUUCAAGGGCCGAAGAAAAACAUUAUCCGAUCCGAUUUUUUCUUUUCGAUAACGUGAUAAAUUUAUCGAAAUUUGCAAAGACCUUUAGCUAGAUCGUAAGCUAGAUCGGCCAAUUUUCCUCGCUAUUUGAGAUUCGGGUAUCGUCCUUCGUGUCAAAUGUAAAAAGAAUCGCAAUUAGUACGUUCGUUGCGUUCAUUUGUUUGUUUUUUUUUUUUUUUUUUCCAUUGCGUCAAUAACGGAUAUAUUUUGAUGGAAAAUACGCCGGCCAUUAAACUCCUAAUCGUGUAUCUGUGUCUCCAAAAUUACCUAUAAUCGUUCGAUGUUAUGAAAAAAAUAUUAAUCAACAUAAUCGAAUACAUUCGAGCGACAUGAAAAAUAUUGUAAUUCACCAGCGUCUAAUUCAACAGCCGGUGUAUAUUCGGUCAAUUGACGUGAGGCGCAUCAAACGAGUGUGAUAAACGUUGAAAUACUUGUGCUGCUCGAUAAUCGUGUGAUAAUGUUACGAUGGAGACGCCGCUAUGGAAAUGAAUUGUUAAAGAAAAGAGCGUGCGAAUAACACGAUAAUAUUUCACUUGUGAUUUUUUACACACGGAUAAUAUUCUUUGUACAAUAAUAUAUCUGUGAUUAAGACAAUUUAUACAUUUGAAUGUGUAUACAUGCUAUCAGACGUGAAAAAUAUACGUACGUACUUCAAACCGA